UUGGUGUGUAUUUCGUCUUUGGCGUGGACCGGCAUUUUCCCACAACUCCCUGCUCCUGCUCAAACAGAUAACGAAAAUGGCGGACAACUCGUCUUCGGUCGAGAUUGUGGAGGGCUGUCGCCUCCCCGUUCUUCGUAAAAACCAAGAACAUGAAGACGAAUGGCCAUUGGCUGAGAUUUUAAGUGUGAAAGAAGUAUCUGGGAGAAAGUUGUUCUAUGUUCACUACAUUGACUUCAACAAGCGUCUGGAUGAGUGGGUCACAUCAGAUCGGCUGGACAUGAAAAAGCUUCAGUUUCCAAAGAAAGAAGCUAAAACACCAACCAAGAAUGGUCUUUCAGGUUCCCGUCCUAGUUCACCAGAGAGAGAUGUAGUGAGUGAGAGGGGAGAUACAAAUACUGAAGCAUCUUUACAGAAGAAACAGAGGAAGAGUCUAGAUCUCAACCUACAAUCUGCCACAGCUCCAUCCAGAGGCAAAACCCUCCCCACACCGCUGAAGUCUAACGAUGCAUGUUUGUCGCAGAAGAGGAAAGUAGAGUCUGUUCCCUUGGCACCUCAGGUGCCUCCAGCUAUCCCCGUGCCCUCCCUGCCAAGCUCAGCUGAAGCCUCUCAGGCAGCAGUUUUUCCUGCUGUCAGAGAGCCCCCCACCUUUAAGGCCAGAGAAGACCAUGACCCGCUCCCAUCACUCACAACAAAUGGCACUGCUCGACGACUCAUCCCCCCUCAGCCUGGGAGGAAGAGAAAAGCUAACUGUGGGGGCCCUGAUGAGAUGAUUAAAGUUUUGCAGUAUAACAAGCCUCAAAGUGCAAGUGUCUUUCUACCACCACCAGAGGAUUCCCAGGACAGUUCUGAUGGCAUUCCGACUGCACCUCGUAUGACAGGCAGUCUGGUGUCAGAUCGUAGCCAUGACGACAUCAUCACCCGAAUGAAAAAUAUAGAGUGUAUAGAGUUAGGACGGCACCGACUGAAGCCCUGGUACUUCUCACCGUACCCACAGGAACUCACCACAUUGCCCAUCCUCUACCUCUGUGAAUUCUGUCUCAAGUACCUCAAAAGCCUGAAGUGUCUCCAGAGGCAUUUGACGAAAUGUAAUUUAAGACAUCCACCAGGCAAUGAGAUCUACCGCAAAGGCACCAUCUCAUUUUUUGAAAUCGACGGCAGGAAAAACAAAAAUUAUUCCCAGAAUUUGUGUUUACUUGCAAAGUGUUUCCUGGACCACAAAACGUUGUAUUACGACACAGAUCCUUUCCUUUUCUACGUAAUGACAGAGUAUGACUCCAAAGGCUUCCACAUAGUGGGCUACUUCUCAAAGGAGAAGGAAUCGACUGAAGAUUAUAAUGUCGCCUGUAUUCUGACUUUACCUCCCUACCAGCGGAGAGGUUAUGGGAAACUACUCAUUGAGUUUAGUUACGAGCUGUCCAAAGUGGAGGGGAAGACGGGCACUCCGGAGAAGCCGCUGUCUGAUCUCGGUCUUUUGUCUUAUCGUUCCUAUUGGUCCCAAACAAUCCUAGAAAUUCUUAUGGAUCUUAAACCUGACAAUGGAGAAAGACCACAGAUCACUAUCAAUGAAAUCAGUGAGAUCACAAGCGUCAAGAAGGAAGAUGUUAUUUCAACACUUCAGUACCUCAAUCUCAUUAACUACUACAAGGGUCAGUACAUCCUGACUCUUUCGGAGGAAAUCGUGGACGGGCACGAGAAAGCAAUGCAGAAGAGACACCUGCGCAUAGAUCCUAAAUGCCUUCACUUCACUCCAAAGGACUGGAGCAAAAGGGGAAAGUGGUAGAGUCUUUGCUCAGUUUGCCGACUACACUUCUUGGACAUCAGAGGUCCUUCAGACUUCAGAUGAAGGUUUUUGUCACAUUAAGAAUUUUAUUUGAACCCAGGGCUCUUAUUCAGAAAAACGGUGAACACAGUCGUUGAGUUGCAUAAGCUUUGAUCUACAACACUCGGUGUGUAUUGUGAAUUUAAAAGCAUUGUCAAACUUGAACUGGUAAACAGUGACACCGCCAAACAUACAAUACACCCUCUACUGUGUAAAAGAUGUUGUUUAUGACCAAAAUAGUGCAUUUAUAGUGACAUAAGGUGUCUGUUUAAUAGUGUAAAUUAAAGCGUAAGAUUGCCAAUGCAGAAGCCACCUAAUGGUGACUUCAUGGUUAUACAAUAAAAAGUUUAAUCUGUUGGCAAGUUCA